AGUCGAUCAUCUUCGAUGAAGUGGACCUGACGGACGCCAGCGUCGCUGAGUCCAGCACCAAGAACGUCAACAACAGUUUCACUUACUCAGAUCCCCCUCCCCCUCUUCAUCAGUGGGGCUGGUGGGGUUGGGGGAGUUGUUAUGACGACAGACAGGAAGUAGCUUGAAUCACACAAGAGGAUAUGGGAGUGGCUACCGAAGAGAGACAGAGAGAGACAGAGAGACAGAGAGAGACAGAGAGAGACAGAGAUCAGGAUCAGGAUCAGGACUCUGUGAAAUGGACCAGAUUUUAAAGUGGACUGUUUCCAUGACGACUCAUGACCAGGACCCAGUUUAAACUGUUUUCAUAUACGGUCAUCACCCCCUGCAGACGUCUCAUUCUGUGUGCAGACAACAGGAAGGAGAUGGAGGAGUGGAUGGCAGCUCUGCGCAGCGUCCAGAACAGACAGAACUAUGAGUCCACUCAGUACAGCAUGGAUCACUUCAGUGGGAUGCACAACUGGUACGCCUGUUCUCACGCCAGACCAACGUACUGUAACGUCUGUAGAGAGGCUUUGUCAGGAGUGACAUCACACGGCCUGUCCUGUGAAGUGUGUAAGUUUAAGGCUCACAAACGUUGUGCGGUCAGAGCCACUAACAACUGUAAAUGGACGACGCUGGCUUCUAUUGGUCGAGACAUCAUCGAGGACGAGGACGGGGUGUCCAUGCCUCACCAGUGGUUGGAGGGGAACCUGCCUGUAUCAGCGAAGUGUAACGUGUGUGAUAAGACAUGUGGCAGUGUCCUGCGCCUGCAGGACUGGAGGUGUCUGUGGUGUAAGACCAUGGUGCACUCAGGCUGUAAGGAGCAGCUGUCCUCUAAGUGUCCUCUGGGACAGUGUAAAGUUUCCGUCAUCCCUCCGACUGCGCUCAACAGCAUCGACUCUGACGGGUUCUGGAAGGCAUCCUGUCCUCCGUCUUGCACCAGUCCGCUGCUCGUCUUCGUCAACUCCAAAAGCGGAGACAAUCAGGGCGUCAAGUUCCUGCGACGCUUCAAACAGCUGCUGAACCCAGCCCAGGUGUUCGAUCUGAUGAAUGGAGGACCACACCUGGGGUUGCGGUUGUUCCAAAAGUUUGACACAUUCAGGAUCUUGGUGUGUGGAGGAGACGGCAGCGUCGGUUGGGUUCUGUCAGAGAUUGACGCCUUAACGCUGCACAAACAGUGUCAGCUCGGGGUUCUUCCUCUGGGGACUGGGAAUGAUCUGGCACGGGUUCUGGGCUGGGGUUCAGCCUGUGAUGACGACACUCAGCUGCCACAGAUCCUGGAGAAACUGGAGAGAGCCAGCACCAAGAUGUUAGACAGAUGGAGCAUAAUGGUCUAUGAGACCAAGUUUCCACGGCAACACUCUUCCUCCACUGUCACAGAGGACUGCAGUGAUGACUCCGAGGUUCAGCAGAUUCUGACCUAUGAGGACUCAGUGGCUGCUCACCUUUCCAAGAUCCUGACCUCAGACCAGCAUUCUGUUGUCAUCUCCUCUGCCAAGGUUCUGUGUGAGACGGUGAAGGAUUUUGUGGCUCGUGUUGGAAAAGCUUAUGAGAAGAACACGGAGAGUUCUGAGGAGUCAGACGCCAUGGCCAAGAAGUGUGGUGUACUGAAGGAGAAACUCGACUCGUUGUUGAAGACGCUGAACGAAGAGUCUCAGUCGUCUGCCGUCCUCCCCCCUGCUCCACCCCCCACCAUUGCUGAGGAGCAGGAGGAGUUAGAUGGUGCUGUGCUGCCCCCCCCUCCUCCUUUUCCUCCUCAUAACCCGCUAAGCUCCGCCCCCUGCUCCACACGGGCUAAUAUGUCGUCGUCUGCCGCCAUGUUUAAACCCAGAGAGCAGCUGAUGCUGCGAGCCAACAGUCUGAAGAAAGCCAUCAGGCAGAUCAUCGAGCACACAGAGAAAGCUGUGGAUGAGCAGAACGCUCAGACGCAGCAUCAGCAGGUUUUCUCUCUGAGCCGAGCGGAGGAAGACGAGGGUCUGGUGGAGGAGGAAGAGGAGGAGGAGCUAGAGGAGGACAAGAUGUCUCUGCGGUCGUCAUACAGCAUCAAACAGCACAACACUCGGCGAGUCAGUAAGACACACUGUGAGAAGCUGAUCAGUAAAGGAAGCCUGUCAUUGGGCAGCUCUGCAUCACUUCCUGUCCAGACAGGAAGUAGAGAGAACAUGCCCACACUCAACACAAAGAUCCUGUAUCCAGGCUCUCUUUCCAGUAGUUCAGUGAUCAGUCGUCUGUUAGUGAACACCGACCCGUUCAGCUGUGACCCCGACAACAUGGACUGUUACACCGAGAAAUGUGUGAUGAAUAAUUACUUUGGAAUCGGACUUGAUGCUAAAAUUUCUCUAGACUUUAACAACAAAAGAGACGAACAUCCAGAGAAGUGCAGGAGUCGGACUAAGAACAUGAUGUGGUACGGAGUUCUAGGAACCAAAGAGUUGUUGCACAGAACCUACAAGAACCUGGAGCAGAGGGUUCUCCUGGAGUGUGAUGGGCGUCCCAUCCCCCUCCCCAGUCUUCAGGGAAUCGCAGUGUUAAACAUCCCGAGUUACGCAGGAGGAACCAACUUCUGGGGAGGAACCAAAGAGGAUGACACGUUCACUGCUCCGUCCUUUGACGAUAAGAUUCUGGAGGUGGUGGCGGUGUUCGGCAGUAUGCAGAUGGCCGUGUCCAGAGUCAUCAACCUCCAGCACCACCGCAUCGCACAGUGUCGGACAGUGAAGAUCACCAUCCUGGGCGAUGAGGGUGUUCCGGUUCAGGUGGACGGUGAGGCGUGGAUCCAGCCUCCAGGUUACAUCAAGAUCAUCCACAAGAACAGAACGCAGACUCUGACCAGAGACCGGGCAUUUGAGAGCACCCUGAAAUCCUGGGAGGACAAACAGAAGUGUGAGUUUCCCCGAACGCCCCCCCCACAGCCCCCCCUCCCCUGCCAGCCUGAAAUGGUCUCUGAGGACGACGCGUCGCUCGUCAGUGAGUUGGGUCAGGCAGCGGGGGCGCUCAUCCACAGUAUUCGUGAGGUCGCUCAGUCUCAUCACAGAUUGGAACAGGAACUUGCUCACGCUGUCAACGCAAGUUCCAAGGCCAUGGACGUCGUCUACGCUAAUUCAAAGAGCUCUGAGGCUCUGAGCUGCAGUGUGGUGGUUCAUAUGGUGAAUAAUGUCAAAGCUUUACUCAGUGAGACUGAGCUGCUCCUGACUGGGAACAUGUCCAUGCAGUUGGAUCCUCCUCAGCAGGAGCAGUUGAACACAGCUCUGAACUCAGUGGCACAGCAGCUGCGUCGUCUGGCGGACGUUCCCUGGUUGUGUCCCGUCAUUGACCCGUCAGACCAAGAGGGUCCUCUGACGGACUUUUCAAAACGCAGUCGGAGUGCCAAGUUUCGCCUUGUCCCGAAAUUUAAAAAAGACAAAAACAACAAGAACAAGGAGGCAUGUGCUACUCUCUCACUGCCAGGACCUUGGUGUGACGAAGGUGGGUCACAUGAAGAGGAUCCUUCAGGGCAUCAGAGAACUGAACAGGAACAGCAGCGCCAGCGAAGCCUGACCAACCUGACCAGGGAUCAAUGCUCCAUUCCUACCUCUGCUGCUAUCACCUAAACCCACCUGAUCUACCAGAUCUCACCUGAUCUCACCUGGUCCACUUGACUUCAAGACCAGAACCAGGUUCAUGAAUUGAAUGGUUGGUCCGUGACCAGGAGGGAUUUUGUCUGUGACGAACACUUCGUCUUAAAAAAACAAAAACUGAGCACACCCUCACACGUGAGAAUGAAACAUCAAUCAGAUGAUUCGCAAGUGCCUUGUUAUCUCACCCAAUGACCAAUCAGCAUCCAGGAUGUGAAGGGUGAGGUCGUCUGAAGGGCUGCAUCAGAGCCAUGGACAGUGUGGGUGGAGACACAUCAAAGUGUGACAUGAGUCCAUACACUGUAAAAAACGUUCCAGAGAGUCGUCACACACAUGCAAGAGGAAUCUCAUAUCUGUCCGUGCUGAGUUUUACACGCGUGUCAGUUUGUGUUUUGAUGUGCAAAGAUGAGCUCACGUCAGGAUUUGAUCUGGUUUGUUAUCGUCCUCACAGAAGAUCCAUUUUCUUGCAUCGUGAGGACAGAGUCAGUCUCCACAUGUUGUUGUGUUCAUGUGACCAUGUGACAUCAUCAUGGAUCAAGAUAUGAUCUGUUUUUUGUCCCGUAUGCUAAUGUUGCUUUGUAUCUACAAUAAGACCAAUCAGUACCAAGCAGAAGUUUCAUUUAGUUUCAGGUUCUAAACAUGUUGGUAAGUCUAAGCAUGCUGACGUUAGCUCGUUAGCUGCAGUCGGAUCAUAUUAACAUUUUCUGACCAAUGUUAUGUUUUAGUGAAAACACAUUAGUGCCUUGCUCAAGGGCAGUGGUUUCUCCUCCGCUGUUUUUUGUGGUGGUCUGUAUUUAUUAGAUAAUUUAUCUAUUGAUACUGUUUGCUGUCAUACCUCUGUUUGUACAUACGCCCCCUGCAGGGCUCUCAGUGUAAAUACUUUCUGUCAUGUACAGAGGAAACAUCUGGAAGAAAUAAAUUCUGUUUUUUGUUGUUC